AUGUUAUAUAACAAUAGUGCGUUAGUCACACAUUUUUCGAUGGUAACACUAAAUAAAAGAACAUUAGUUCAAUAUAUGCAAAUUAUAGGUAUUUUAGGUGUAAUUAAUUUACUUCUAUCACUUUAUAUGGCAUUUGGUGACAUUGAAAGUGGAACAUGUGAUAUCAAUGCAACCCUAUCCUGUACAUCAGUAAUCAAAAGUGAAUAUGGCAAAAUAUUUGGUGUACCAGUUUCAUACUAUGGUAUCACUUGGAAUCUAGUUUUACUCUAUUGUAUUUGGAGAAUUUAUUUAGAAGAUAAAGUACCAGCAUUUGUAACAACAAUUUUCAUUUGGUGUUCAAUUGGUAUUGGUUUUGUAUUUUAUUUUAUUGCAGCAGAAUUAAUAAUUGGUAAAAUUUGUCCAUUUUGUACAUUAGUUCAUAUUAUUAAUGUAGCAUUAAUGUAUUUAGUAUUUCAAGUUUAUUGUCAACUUAAAUCACCACCACCAUUAUUUUUAGUAGCAAAUUCAUUGAAAUCAUUCAUUGUGACAGUAUUAUUAGUGCAUUUAAUGUUAAUAUUAUUUGUUAAUGGUGGUAAUACAAAUGGUGGUGUUGGUGGUGGUAUCAUAAUUAAUGGUAUUAAUAAAAAGAUAACAAAUGAAUCAUUUUCACAAUGUUUAACAAGAAUGAAUAUGGUAAUGUUUGGUUCAUCUUCAUGUGGUGCAUGUAUGAAUCAAAAGAAAUUAUUCAUGUUACCAGGUAAAGAUGAAACUGAAUCACCAUGGCAUUAUAUUAAGUUUAUCGAAUGUCAAGAUAGUGAUAGAAACUUUAAAGAGGAAUGUGAAAAAUGGGGUAUCAAACGUUACCCAACUUGGCAUAAAUUUGAAAAUGAUUAUAAAUCCUCAGAAAAUAAAAUUUUAGAAACUCAUUCAGGUGUUAUGGGCAUUGCUGAACUUUCAAAAAUGUCGGGUUGUCAAUAUCCUCUUAAAGAAAAUAAUUCAAAUGAAAAUGAAAAUAAUGAUAAUGAUAAUGAAAAAGAUAAAAUUAUUAAUAGAAAUUAA